AUGCAUUCUUCUCGAGCAAAUAAGUUAAAUCAAGAAGAACCGCGUUCUUCAAAGAUUCAUAAUUAUUUGCAUCUUAACAAAUUUAUGGAUCUCUUAACAAUCUCUCAGUCACCGAAUGGAUUAAACCACCAAAAUGUGGUCGAUUCUGCAUCUUAUAGCCGUUCAUAUGGAUUCUCCAUAAAGUUUCCUAAAAAAUUUUAUCCAGCUAAACAAAAAUCCAUUAAAGCUUUUAAAUCUAAAAAUUAUGAAGAAGUUAUUAAAUAUUCAACAGAAUUUCUUGAUAAAUAUCCUGAUAGUUAUAGUAUAAGAUGUGAUCGAAGUGAAGCAUACAUGAAUCUAAGGGAGUAUGAAAAUGCAAAACAAGAUCUAGAUAUUGCCAUACGAUACAAACCAAAGAAAGAACGUGGAUUCUAUCUUCGUGGCAUGGUACAUGAUAAACUAAAUCAUCCAAAUGAUUCAAUAAAAGAUCUUGGUAGAGCCAUUAAAAUUAAAUUUAAUGAUCGAUUAACAUUGGAAGCAUUUAAAAUAUGUGCUAAACAUUAUAAGAACAUUGGAAAUUUUAAUGAUGCAAUAAAAAACCUUGGAUCUGCAUUGGAAUUAGAGUCACAUGAUGUUUGGGCGUUGAAAACUAGGGGAACAAUGUAUUUUGAGAAAAAAAGGUAUAAUCUUGCACUAAAAGAUUUAACAGCUUUGCUUAAAGUUGAAGGGACAAAUAUUGAAGCUUUAGAAUUAAGAGGAAUAGUGUAUGUGAAAUUAGAUCGUUAUGAUGGUGCAUUAAAUGAUUUCAAUACAGCAUUACGAUUAAAGCCUAAUCUACUUCUUUCACUGGCAUAUCGAUCAAAGAUAUUCAGAAUAGAAAAACGUUAUGUAGAUGCAUUGGGAGAUAUUGAAAAAUAUUUAAAAUUUGGUGGUGAACUGAAUGUUUCAGUACUUAAAAACAGAGGAUUAGUGUAUCGUGGAUUGGCAAGAUCUAAAGAAGCUUUGGAGGAUUUUUCUGCGGCAUUGCAGAAAGAAAGGAAAGGCUCGAUUUUUAGGCAUCGAGCUCAUGUAUAUAAAACUUUGAGACAGUAUCAAGAAGCAUUAUAUGAUCUGGAUCAAGCGAUAGAAAUUCAAAAAACAGAUAAAGAAGCUAUCGCAAUGCGAUUAACAAUGUCAUUGCAAGUAACACCAAACGAUGUUAAUGCACUUGCAGAUCGCGGUACAGUUUACUAUGCGAUGGGCGAAUCAAACGAAGCAAUGGAUGACCUUAACAAGGCCCUAUCAAUAGAUUCAAAUCACGUAUCUGCCUUGUUAACUCGGGCCAAAGUAUAUCGAUCUCAAAAUGAGUAUAAGUUAGCAUUAAAGGAUCUUGACAUAGCAAUUCAAACUGACUCAUCUAAACCACGAUUAUAUCGAAACAGAGGAAAAAAUUCAAAAUCAUUUGAAUUACGAGCAUCUAUACAUGAAAAACUUGAAAAUUACCAAGAGGCCUGCAUAGAUUUAAACAGAGUUUUACAAUUAACGCCUGAUAAUCUCGAGAUUUUAUUAAAACGAGCAACUUUAUGUGAGCGGCUGAAAAAGUACCAAGGAUGUUUAGAUGAUUGGACAUCUAUUUUGAAACUUAAACCAAAUGACAUUCAAAUACUUCAAAACAGAGGAAAGAUAUUAAUGAAAUUAUGUAGAUAUGAAGAAGCUAAAUCAGAUUUUGAUCAAAUAUUGAAAAUUGAUGCACAAAAUAUUGAAAUUAUAGCAUUGAGAGCAGAAAUUUUGCAGGAACAAAAUAAAUAUGAUGAAGCAAUUAAAGAAUUAACUGAUGCAAUAAAUAAAUUUGGAGAUAAAGGUCAGUUGCUAGCAAUACGUGGAGGAAUUCAUAUGAUGAAAAAAGAGUUUGACGAGUCUUUACAAGAUUUAAAUGGAGCUUUGAAUAUUGAGUAUAAUUCAUCGUCGGAUGAUUCACAAAGUUUAAGAGAUUUGGGUUUUAUUAAUAAUUCAUUGAACUUUUUCGAUAAUGAAGAAAAGGUGGAAGUGAAAGAGGAGGUAGUUACUUCACCUAAAUGUGAUAUCAAAUCACAUGUUUUAGCAUUGUGUUAUCGUGGCUCUGUGUACAGAAAUAAGAAAGAUUAUGACAAGGCAUUAAUAGAUUUAAAUAGUGUUUUGAAUAAUGAACCGAAUAAUGCCUUUGCACUUUAUGAACGAAGCUCUAUUUAUAGGGAUAACAGACAAUACGAUGAAGCUUGGAUGGACAUUGAAAGAGCUUUAAAGGUAGAUAUUGAGGUGGAUGCGUGA